AUGGGGAAUUCAUAUGCUGGGCAACUGAAAUCUGCUCAAUUUGAGGAAGCUCUCCACAACUCCAUAGAAGCCUCUCUCAGAUGUAGUAGUGUGGUUCCACGGCCAAUUUUUUCCCAGCUGUACCUGGACCCUGACCAGCAUCCUUUCUCAUCUGCAGAUGUAAAACCCAAGGUGGAGGAUCUGGAUAAAGAUUUGGUGCACCGCUACACUCAAAAUGGAAGCCUGGAUUUUUCUAACAAUCUAACAGUUAAUGAAAUGGAAGAUGACGAAGAUGAUGAAGAAAUGUCUGAUUCAAAUAGCCCACCAAUUCCCUAUUCACAAAAACCUGCCCCAGAAGGGUCUUGCACUACAGAUGGUUUUUGUCAAGCAGGAAAGGAUUUGCGUUUGGUAUCUCUUUGUAUGGAACAAAUCGACAUCCCAGCAGGAUUCCUCCUGGUAGGGGCCAAGUCUCCCAAUCUGCCUGAACACAUCCUCGUGUGUGCUGUAGACAAGCGAUUUCUACCAGAUGAUCAUGGGAAAAAUGCACUUUUAGGGUUUUCCGGAAACUGUAUCGGCUGUGGAGAAAGAGGAUUUCGGUAUUUCACAGAAUUUUCCAACCAUAUUAACUUGAAGCUCACCACCCAGCCAAAGAAGCAGAAGCACUUAAAGUACUACCUAGUCAGAAGCUCCCAGGGUGUACUGUCGAAGGGACCUCUUAUCUGCUGGAAAGAAUGUAGAAGCCGACAAUCCUCUGCCACUUGCCACUCUAUGAAACCAAACUCUUCAGUAUCAUCAACUGUGACACCAGAAAAUGGCACAACUAAUGGAUACAAGUCAGGAUUCAUUCAGACAGAUGCUGCUAAUGGAAACAGUAGCCAUGGAGGGAAGAGCAGUGCCUCUAGCUCUACUCCAGCCCGCCCAGGAAAUUACUCAUUAUCACCAAGACCUAGCUAUGCAUCAGGAGACCAAGCUACCAUGUUUAUUUCUGGGCCACCAAAGAAACGACACCGGGGAUGGUAUCCUGGGUCACCUGUCCCCCAACCUGGUUUAGUUGUACCUGUUCCUACAAUUCGCCCUCUUUCAAGAAGUGAGUCCCUUUUAUCUGCCCCAGUUCCACAGACCCCAUUAACUGGAAUUUUACAACCUCGACCCAUUCCUGCAGGGGAAACUGUAAUUGUUCCUGAAAACCUGCUGACUAACUCAGGAGUUAGACCAGUAAUUCUGAUAGGCUAUGGCACUUUACCCUAUUUCUAUGGAAAUGUUGGUGACAUUGUUGUGAGUCCUCUGCUGGUGAAUUGCUACAAGAUUCCACAGUUGGAAAACAAAGAUUUGGAACAUUUAGGGUUGACUGGCAGCCAGCUCCUGAGUGUGGAAAACAUGAUUCUUCUGACGAUACAGUAUCUUGUGCGACUGGGUCCUGAUCAGAUACCUCUCAGGGAAGAAUUUGAGCAAAUCAUGCUGAAAGCUAUGCAAGAAUUUACUCUGAGAGAGAGAGCCCUGCAGAUGGGUGCUCAGUGUGCACCUGUGUCUCCAGGACAGCUCCCCUGGCUGGCUAGACUAAUUGCCAGCGUAUCUCAAGACUUGGUUCAUGUGAUUGUGACCCAGAACUCUUUGGCAGAGGGCAUUUCAGAGACGUUGAGGACUCUCAGUGAAAUGAGACACUAUCAAAGACUACCAGAUUAUGUCGUGGCAAUUUGUGCAUCGAAAAUCAGAGGAAAUGAAUUUUGUGUGGUAGUACUAGGUCAGCAUCAGUCCAGAGCUCUGGCAGAGAGUAUGCUCACCACAAGUGAGUUUUUGAAAGAAAUUAGUUAUGAGCUCAUCACAGGAAAGGUCAGUUUCCUGGCAUCGCAUUUCAAAACCACAUCACUAGGCGAUGACCUGGACAAGCUUCUAGACAAAAUGCAACAAAGAAGAGGAGAGAGUGUGGUUACGCCCUUCAACGGAGACCUUCACGAAUGUGUGUCAGCUCAGGAGGCUGCCGCUAUGAUUCCCACGCAAAACCUGGAUUUAGAUAUUGAAACCUUCCAAAUUUAUCAACCACAGCUAACGGUUGCCAGAAAACUCUUAUCCCAGGUGUGUGCUAUAGCAGACAGCGGCAGCCAGAGCCUGGACCUCGGCCACUUCAGCAAAGUGGACUUCAUCAUCAUUGUCCCAAGAUCGGAGGUUCUGGUCCAGCAAACUCUUCAACGGAUUCGACAAUCAGGUGUCCUUGUAGACUUGGGUCUGGAGGAAAAUGGGACAGCUUAUCAAAGAGCAGAGAAAUAUGUUGUUCGUCUAGACAAUGAGAUUCAAACCAAGUUUGAAGUUUUUAUGAGAAGGGUAAAACAGAACCCGUACACACUGUUUGUGCUAGUUCAUGACAACUCCCAUGUGGAACUAACGAGUGUCAUUUCGGGCUCUUUGUCACAUGGUGAACCUAGUCAUGGAUUGGCUGAUAGAGUCAUUAACUGCAGAGAAGUUCUGGAAGCUUUCAACCUGCUGGUGCUCCAGGUUAGCUCAUUGCCAUACACACUACAGACCCAACAGUCUCGUAUCAGCUCCAGCAAUGAGGUUCACUGGAUACAGCUGGACAACUUGGAGGACAUGAGCUGUGAGGAGAAGUUGUACUUUGGCCUGAAUGAAUACAGUAAGUCUCUACAGUGGGGAAUCACAAGUCCACUUUUGAGAUGUGAUGAGACUUUUGAAAAAAUGGUGAACACACUCCUGGAAAGGUACCCCAGGCUACACAGCAUGGUCGUCCGCUGCUACCUUCUCAUCCAGCAGUACUCAGAGGCUCUGAUGGCCCUCACCACCAUGGCGUCACUCCGAGACCACAGCACACCAGAAACACUCAGCAUUAUGGAUGACCUCAUCAGCUCCCCAGGAAAAACCAGAAGUGGGCGGGGACACAUGCUCAUUAUCAGGGUGCCCUCUGUGCAGCUGGCAAUGUUAGCCAAGGAGCGGCUGCAGGAGGUGCGCGACAAGCUGGGCCUGCAGUACCGCUUUGAGAUCAUCCUUGGGAACCCUGCCUCUGAACUCAGUGUUGCAACCCACUUUGUGGCACGAUUAAAGACCUGGAGAGGAAAUGAACCAGAAGAGUGGACCCCUCGGACAUACCAAGAUUUAGAAGGUCUGCCUUGUAUUGUGAUACUAACUGGCAAAGAUCCUCUUGGAGAAACCUUUCCCAGGUCUUUGAAGUACUGUGACCUUCGGCUCAUCGACUCAAGCUAUUUAACUCGCACAGCCUUGGAGCAGGAGGUGGGUCUGGCCUGCUGCUAUGUCUCCAAAGAGGUCAUCCGAGGGCCUGCUGUUGCCCUGGACCUUAGUGGGAAGGAGCAGGAGAGAGCUACCAUCAGCGAGAACGACUCUGAUGAGUUGCUGAUCGACCUGGAGAGGCCACAGAGCAACAGUAGUGCUGUCACUGGAACCUCAGGCUCCAUCAUGGAGAACGGGGUGAGCUCUUCCAGCGCGGCUGAUAGGUCCCAGAAGCUGUCGCUGACCCCCAGCUUCCAGAGCCCGGCCAACAGCAUGGGCCUGGAUGAAGGGGUCUCCACAGGCACAGGGGGAGCCGGGGAGACCCUGAAGCAGGAGUGUGAUUCCCUGGGCCCCCAGAUGGCCAGCAGCACCACCUCCAAGCCGUCGUCGUCGUCCUCCUCCUCCUCCUCCUCGGGACCCCGGGCCCUGUCGUGGCCCGGGCAGCUGCCCCAAGGCUGCAGGGGCCUGCACGCCGCCCUGCCCCCCAUCGUGAUCUUAUCGAAAGCGGCCUAUAGCCUGCUGGGCUCGCAGCGGGGAGGCAAGCCGCCCGCGUCCUCCUCGCUGCUGCCACACGCCGACGUGGCCUGGGUGAGCUCCCUGCGGCCGCUGCUACACAAGGACAUGAGCAGCGAGGAGCAGUCCCUCUACUACCGGCAGUGGACCUCGGCUCGUCAGCACCACGCCGACUUCAGCAACCAGCCAGACCCCGCCUCCGGCGCCCGCGCCUGCCACCCUCGGCGGCUGCUGCUGACUGGGCCCCCCCAGAGACCAUCUUCUGCCCUCCUCCUCCUCCUGUAUCCAACCCUUCCCCCCAGCUGUCACCUGUGGGAGGGUUCCACUGUAGUCCGAUCAGCAGGGCCAGAAAGAGAACAUGAGCAGGAAUCAGCCAGCUUUAGCUCUAUAGCUAAGGACAAUGUGGCCUCCGAACUGUGGCUUCACAUCUUGGAGCAUUCACCUGUGCUGGAAGAGACCCAUGGAGACCACAGUGAAUGCAGUGGAGUCAGCCAGGCAGAGGGAGAGCCCUGGCCUGACAUCGAGAGCUUCAGUAAAAUGCCCUUUGACGUCAGCGUGCAUGAUCCCAAGUACAGUUUGAUGAGCCUGGUAUAUACUGAGAAGCUGGCAGGGGUCAAACAAGAAGCAAUAAAGGAUUCCAAAGUUGAGGAGCCCAGGAAGCGAGGAACCGUGUCCAUGAUGCUGACCAAAUACGCGGCCUACAACACCUUCCACCACUGUGAGCAAUGUCACCAGUACAUGGACUGCACCUCUGCCUCCCAGAUGUCUGACUCCACCCUUCAUGCAUUCACAUUCUCAUCCUCUAUGCUGGGAGAAGAGGUGCAGCUCUAUUUCAUCAUUCCCAAAUCCAAAGAGAGUCAUUUUGUCUUCAGCAAGCAGGGUAAACACCUGGAGAGCAUGCGGCUGCCCCUGGUUUCAGACAAGAAUUUGAAUGCAGUCAAGAGCCCUAUUUUCACUCCUUCCAGUGGUCGCCAUGAGCAUGGACUCCUAAACCUUUUUCACGCCAUGGAGGGCAUCAGCCACCUGCAUCUUCUGGUGGUCAAAGAAUAUGAGAUGCCGCUGUACCGCAAGUACUGGCCCAACCACAUCAUGCUGGUGCUUCCUGGCAUGUUCAAUAAUGCAGGCGUGGGUGCUGCCAGGUUUCUCAUUAAGGAGCUGUCCUACCACAAUCUGGAACUGGAGAGGAACCGCCUGGAAGAACUGGGAGUUAAACGCCAGUGUGUCUGGCCUUUUAUCGUUGUGAUGGACGACUCGUGUGUUCUAUGGAACAUUCACAGUGUUCAGGAUCAGACCAGCCAGCCCAUGGAAGCAGGAGUUUCCAGUAAGAAUGUGUCCUUGAAGACCGUCUUGCAGCAUAUUGAAGCAACACCAAAAAUCAUCCACUACGCAAUCCUUGGCAUACAGAAAUGGAGCAGCAAGCUGACUUCUCAGAGCCUGAAAGCCCCAUUCUCUAGGUGCCAUGUGCAUGACUUUAUUCUCCUUAACAUAGACUUGACUCAGAAUGUGCAGUAUGACUUCAACAGGUAUUUCUGUGAAGAUGUUGACUUUAACCUGAGAACAAACAGUAGUGGCCUGCUCAUCUGCCGCUUUAAUAACUUCAGUCUCAUGAAGAAACAUGUUCAGGUUGGAGGGCAAAGGGACUUUAUCAUUAAACCAAAGAUUAUGGUGUCAGAGAGCUUAGCACCCAUCUUGCCCCUUCAGUAUGUCUGUGCUCCCGACAGUGAACACACACUACUGGCAGCCCCUGCGCAGUUUCUCCUGGAGAAGUUCCUUCAGCAUGCUUCCUACAAACUCUUCCCCAAAGCCAUCCAUAACUUCAAGAGUCCUGUGUUGGCCAUUGACUGCUACCUUAACAUUGGACCAGAGGUGGCCAUAUGCUACAUCAGCUCCAGACCUCACUCCAGCAAUGUCAACUGUGAAGGGGUGUUUUUCAGUGGACUUCUCUUGUACCUCUGUGACUCUUUUGUAGGUGCUGAUCUUCUGAAGAAAUUUAAGUUUCUAAAAGGUGCUACCCUGUGUGUCAUCUGCCAAGACAGAAGCUCCUUACGCCAAACAAUUGUCCGCUUAGAGCUGGAGGAUGAGUGGCAGUUCCGCCUCCGAGACGAGUUUCAAACUGCUAACAGCAGUGAUGACAAGCCCCUCUACUUUCUUACUGGCCGCCACGUAUGA